CCAUUACUCAAUCAAUACAUGCUCAAAUAUAUCCUCAUAGCUGCUUUUUUAUAAGUUUUCCACACGAGUAAAUGUCACCCACCCAUUUCCAGCAGAUGCUUAGCAGCGGGGCAGGCACAGGCAGCAUUUGUGCCAACGCUUGCAACAACAACACACAAGCUAACUCAAAGUACUGCUCAGAGCAGUGUCAUUAUAUUCACACGCUUGAUACGUACCGACAGUCGGUUGAUUCACAGUCUGCAAGUGCCGAUUCGUCGCCCGAGCCGUCUACCUACUCGCAGGGGAGCAUUGUAGGUACUCAGUGGGGCAAAUUGCAUACAUCCGCAUUAAUUCGCUGUGGCAUUGACCCAUGGGCGCCAGUUUCUGAGAUCCAAAUGCGCCACCAUUUUGCGUACGCGCUUAUUGCCAUCUUUAACAGAUUCUGGAUUUUUGCUGGCAACACCGACAUUGCUUGGAUGAUCGAGAACCAGACUUUCCGCCUGUCCCAUUCCCCCGAUUGCAUUAGUAACUGGCGCAAAGAAGACAAGCAGACUCUGUCCAACUGUGCGCAGCGCUAUAACUACCUCUGCGCCGCGCUAUUUAACAAAAUUGGCCAGGACCUACAUCUUGUCUACGCUCUGCUCAGUGGGGCCAUGCAUCCGUCCCAGUUUUAUGCAAACCUCAUGCUCUAG